UUCAAAGUUCUACAUUCCAAAGAGGAGGAAAGGAACUGGUCUGAUAUCUCCUGGAGUUUGCUAACCCGAAUUGCUGCUGCUUAGUUUGUUGUGCUUUUUGUGUGUGUGUGUGUGUGUGUGUGGUUGUUGGUUGUGUUGCUGGUGAUAACCUUUUAGCACCUUCUCUCUUUAUUUCCCUCCCCCCUUCCCUCUCUCUUUUUAAUGUUUUGGAGCUUCUCGAGAGGGAUUGGCUGGGGGGAAAGAGAAACAUUUGCUUGGGAUCGCUGUUUCCCUGAUACAUGAUGGUGCCCCCUUCCCCCCCCUCCCCGCUUCUCUAAGAAGUAUCCCAUCAGGACCCCAGAGGAGACUGUGUGUGUGUGAAGUGUAGGAUAAAAAGUUCUUCCAAAAUAGUGUGCACGGGGAAGAGGAUGGGGGAUUUUGCAGCCCCCGCUGCCGCCGCGAAUGGCAGCAGUAUCUGCAUCAACAAUAACCUGAACAGCAGCCUCGGCGGGGCCGGCAUCGGGGUUAACAGCACUCCCCACGGCCCUCCUGCCGCCGCUCCCGGUAACAAUAACGCUAAUAGCAGCGGCAUUCCCAAGCACAGCACGGUGGUGGAGCGGCUGAGGCAGCGCAUCGAGGGCUGCCGGCGGCACCAUGUCAACUGCGAGAGCAGGUACCAGCAAGCCCAGGCGGAGCAGCUGGAGCUGGAGCGCAGGGACACGGUGAGCCUCUACCAGCGGACCCUGGAGCAGAGGGCCAAGAAAACGGGCACCGGCGGCGGCAGCAAGCAGCAGCACCAGAGCAAACAGCAGCAAGAUGCCGAAUCCGCCACGGCGGAGCAGAGGAACCACACGCUGAUCAUGCUUCAAGAGACAGUCAAAAGGAAGUUAGAAGGCACUCGUUCACCUCUCAAUGGAGAACAGCAGAAUGGAGUUUGCGAUGGGAGCUUUUCUCCAACCAGCAAGCGGACAAGGAAGGAUGUGCCAGGCAUUGAGGCAAUCAACAGCCUGCCCAAUAAUUUGCCUUUGCCCGCUGUUUCUCCUCUUCACCAGCUUGACAUGAAAGCUCCCCUGCCCCUGCAGAACAGCGGAACUCACAGUAGCGGUCUAGAAGACUUGGGUGAAAAUGGUGGGCUUUCCGAGAUAAAGCUCCCUGUUAAUGGCUGCAGUGAGCUAGAUGAUAGUUUUAACAUCCUGCAAAACAAGGAGCUAAAGCAAGAGCCUUUGGAUGACUCCAACUGCAUAGACACUUCUGAAACAUCUCUUUCGAAUCAGAACAAGCUCUUCUCAGACAUUAACCUGAACGAUCAGGAGUGGCAGGAGCUAAUAGAUGAACUGGCAAACACGGUUCCAGAGGAUGAUAUACAAGAUCUGUUCAAUGAAGACUUUGAAGAGAAGAAGGAGCCAGAAUUUCCCAGGCCUGCCACAGAGGCUCAAGAGAGCUCAAGCGUGAAAAGCGACCCAUCUCAUUCUCCAUUUGCUCAUGUUCCACUAGGGUCUCCCCAAGUGAGGCCGUCUUCGUCCGGUCCUCCGUUUUCCAACGUCUCCACAGCCUCCAGCAUAACUUCUGUGUCCAGCGCCCCACCAGCCUCAGUCCCUGCCGGCUCACCAGCAAACUGUGUUGUUCAGUCACCUCAGACUCCCAGCCAGGCCCACACCCCUGGCCAGACGCAGGCGCGCUCUGGAAAUGGCUACCUUAUGAACCCAGCAGCAGCCACCGUGGCGGGACCGGGGCCUGGGCCGGUGAACAUGCCGAGCGCUGACUUGUCUCCAGCUGAGCAGCUCAAGCAGAUGGCAGCCCAGCAGCAGCAAAGAGCCAAGCUCAUGCAGCAGAAGCAGCAGCAGCAGCAGCAUCCAAAUCAGCCCUCAAGCUGGUCACCUGUGGGCCCUCCAUCUAGUCCCUACGGAGGACCCUUCAGUGCAGACAAACCAAAUAGUCCAAUGAUGUAUCCUCAAGCCUUUAACAACCAAAACCCAAUAGUGCCUCCUAUGGCAAACAAUCCCCAGAAGACCACAAUUAAUAACUACCUCCCUCAAAAUCACAUGAACAUGAUCAGUCAGCAGCCAAAUAACCUGGUCACAAACUCCUUGAGCAAGCAGCCCAAUAUGCUUUCUUAUGGCAACACCAAACCUCUGACCCAUUUCAAUGCUGAGCUGAGUCAGAGGAUGACCCCACCGAUGGCAAAUCCCAGCAAGAAUGCCAUGAUGCCAUACAUCCAGCAGCAGCAGUCCCAGCAGCCCCAGAUGCAGGCUCAGAUGGCGCACCUGAGCGAGGAACAGAAACGCAUGCUCAUCAUGAAGCAGAAAGGAAUGAUGAAUCAGCCCAUGGCAUAUGCAGCACUUCCUGCCCUUGGACAGGAGCACCAAGUGGGAUUGUCGCGGACCACAGGGCCGAUGCAGCCUUCUGUGCCACCAGGCUCCAGCAAUGUGGUCACGGGCACGAGCUCCGGGGGUCCCUUCCUAGGGAACCAGCCUCAGGCAGCCAUCAUGAAGCAGAUGCUGAUAGAGCAGAGAGCCCAGCUCCACGUAAUAGAGCAGCAGAAACAGCAGUUUCUCCGAGAGCAAAGGCAGCAGCAGCAGAUCCUAGCGGAGCAGCAGUUGCAGCAGCAGUCACAUUUGCCUCGGCAGCAUCUGCAGCAACAGCGAAGCCCGUAUCCAGUGCAACAGGUCAACCAGUUCCAAGGUUCACCCCAGGAUAUAGCAGCUGUGAGAAACCAAGCAGCACUCCAGAACAUGAGGACAUCCCGAAUGAUGGCCCAGAACGCGAGCAUGAUGGCAAUGGGUCCCUCCCAGAACCCGAGCACGCUGCCCACGACUGCGGGCCAGUCGGAUGUGGGCAUGGCUCCUUACAGCAACGCCUCCUCCAGCCAGCCGGGAAUGUACAGUAUGAGCACAGGGAUGAGCCAAAUGUUGCAGCACCCAAACCAAAGCAGCAUAAACAUGGCACAUAAUGCAGGCCAGGGGACGAGGCAGCCUGCCUCUGGACAAGCGGUGGGAAUGGUUGGCAGUUUUGGUCAGAACAUGCUGGUAAACUCCGCUCUUCCCCAGCAUCAGCAGCAGAUGAAAGGACCUGUGGGCCAGGUCUUACCAAGGCCACAAGCACCACGACUUCAGAACCUGAUGGGGACUGUCCCUCAAGGAACACAAAACUGGCAACAGCGAGGCUUGCAAGGCAUCCCUGGAAGGACUAGCGGUGAAAUGGGGCCCUUCAAUAACGGCACCACGUACGCGAUGCAGUCUGGGCAGCCACGGCUGUCCAAGCAGCACUUCCCGCAGGGGCUUAAUCAGACAGUUGUGGACACAAGUGGAACAGUAAGAGCCCUGAACCCGGCUCUGGGAAGACAGUUGCUGCAACCACUACCUGGGCAACAGGCAGCCAGCCAGGCCAGGCCCAUGGUGAUGUCAGCAAUCAGCCAAGGGGUCCCCACCAUGUCAGGCUUCAGCCAACCCCCGACGCAGCAAAUGCCAGGUGGUAACUUCGCUCAGAGCAGCCAAGGCCAAGCAUACGAGAGGAAUCCCACUCAGGACAUACCUUACAACUACAGCAGUGAAGGAGCAGGGGGGUCAUUCUCCAGUUUAGCAGAGGGCGCAGACCUCGUGGACUCCAUCAUUAAGAGCGGACCAGGGGAUGAGUGGAUACAAGAACUUGAUGAGUUGUUUGGAAACCCCCAGUGAAUGGGCUUGUACAGUCUGGAGCUUUGGUUGUUACAUUUGAAAAAGAAAAGAGAGAGUUGGAUGUUCUCCCCAUCCCUGGAUGGUUGGUUUUGGUUUUUUGUUUGAAUUGUUUUGGUUUGAGGUUGUUUUGUUUUCUGUUGUUUUUAAUCAUGCAAACUGAGCUGAUCUGUAGCCAACCUUGGAAGAUUCAGGGGACGAUGACAACAUUGGCAUCUCAAGGCAUUCUACCAGGCAACCUUUGCUGUAUGGCAGUGCCCACUUUGUGUCCAUAUGAGGCAGAGUGGGGAAACUGGAAAGGCCAGCUGAUGCCUCUGGUUGGGAAAAUUUGUUCUUUCCCCUCUUCAAAUGAGGUUUCAUUGCAUAGUGGUAUGGGGUGCUCCCAAUGUCUCCCACCUCAUAUAACUGUGAGCACUGCAGCUUUCAGGGUAGCAGAUGAAAAGCCUGGAGCAAAGCCCACAGAUGUCCAUGGGCAAUUGCACAAGCCCUGGUCAGAAAUGGGCUUAACCCCGGGGGUAGGCAGGUCUCAGUGAGCCGUGGGGUCUGGGCUGUCAUAAGGGAACGUGCAGCACUCACGUGAUAAACCUGAACAAAUCACAGGGAAAUCACCAUUUUCACUGCCGAGAUAAAACUUCAGUACAAGUGCAGGAGAACAUUAAAUUUGUCAGUGUUGUGAGGACAGUUUGAUUAUGGGACUGCUGCUGGAGACAGCUUAGGUGGGUGGGUUAACUUAAUGAGCUGCUUAGUCCCCUUGGGACUUGCAAUAGUGCUUCCCUGUCAGAGCACUUUGGCAUGUACCUGCUGCCUGGGGGUGUUAAAGGGCUGAGAGGUACCGAGAGACAUCAGCAUAGGUCCUGAGCGGGUCCCUCCCUCUCCUUCCUUCACAGUAUGUUCUCAGUUCACUUCCCUCCCCUCCUGUCCUUAAAUGUAAAGCAAGGUGAGCUGGCUGCAAUUUUUUUCAGGUGAGCCACAAAGGAGCAGGCAGGGGAUGAGAAAACAGGCAUGAGAAAACAUACAGUGAGGAUCUGGCAUACAGAAGGAGUUUCUCUUCCUCAUUUGAAAAGUGCAAGUUUAGCAGGUAGUAUUACCCCGGGAUGUCUGGUCUCUCAAUGGGCUAUGUUCAGUUUUAAACAGAUGUUUGGUCUAAUCUCUCUGAUUUGCUGGAAUAAAAUUCAGUGCAGCUUUUGAAGAACAGGAGCCAGUGAAGGACUACUGUAAAGACCGUUCAUGAAUGGGUAAAAUAAUUGAUAUUACAAACAUGGGCUCUGCCCAACUAAGGUUUUACGUGAUAGCAAUGUAUCACUAUCUCCACUGUGUGGACCAGUGCUGACCAGCACUGUAAUGAAGUUGUGAUAUAUCUCGCACAAUAUCAGGUCACCAGCCAUUCUGAAUGUGUAAAGCAGCAGUUCCCAAGCUGCAGUCAGAAGCUGAGGAAAGGUGUUCUCCCAAACCUCGAAUCUUUUUAGUGUUUUCAGCUGAGAGCUGCUUAUCAGGUUAUAUAGUGGUGCAUAAAAAACGUUAACGUGAUCCAGAGUCCAGAACUUUUGGACUACUACCCUCUGACGUAGUGCUGGCCUCCAUUAGCCAUCAGCUGUGCUCUGCAGCAAAAGUGUACGACUAUCAGUGCCACCUCUCUAGCUACCAAUUACCUCCUUGUGUGCUGCUCUCCUUGGGCCCGGCGGUGUGAAGUGCCGAGCCGCUGAAAUCCACGGAGGCUGAGGGCAUUGGCACUUUGCAGUUUCACAUCCUGCCUUUCCCUGUGGAGUACAGAUAUGCAUCACAUCAAAGAGUGGGAGCAAAUGGGCCUGGAACCAUCUCAGCGCCCCAUUGGGUUCCCUUUUGCACAGUAUCACCUUGCAGGGCUUUCCUAGAGGAAGGGAAUUACCUGUUUUAAAUGCUAUGAUAUCAGCAGGACAAGCUGCAUUUUUAAUGUGCUCAAGGUGAGCUGUCAAUCCAGCUUGCCCCGGCUGAUAUAAUUUUUUAAAACAGCUUUAGUUGCAUCUCUUUUAGCCAACCCCUUUUUAAAACACAAGGACCAAUUCCAGUUCCUGUUGACGACCAUCAAGGUUUGCCUGUCUCUGCUUCAGCAAGGAGCCAGGUUGGGCCCUAAGUCAGUGUAAGGGAGCACCAGCCAAAGUUUUUGGUUGGUCUUGAGUGUAAGCACCUCUUGGUCAGAAUGGAAGGGAAAGGCAAACACUGAGAGAAACAGUAACCAAGGUGCUGUGUCUCUGUGUGUGUCAGGCACACAUCUGUCCAGCGCUGUGUGAUGGAGUUGUGACAGGGUGGGGAGCCAUCCCCAGCCUGCUGGAUGGGGGGCAACGCUGGGGGUGGCACAGCCUCCCUUCCUUGGGUGCCAGAGCUGGGAAAGGAGGGUUUAGAAACACACAACCACCAUGUGGCAGCAAAAUGCAAGUCCCUGCGCAUCAGGGAGAGUCAGACUUUGGUGAAUAAAUGGUGAUGAAGACAAGUCUCUGCUGUCUUUGUAAAGCUUCCUCCAAAUACUCCAUACUGGGAUCAAGUACUAGAAAGUAGAUUUUAUUCGAUUUGGGGUUGUUUUUUUUUCUUCUUUCUUCCUAUGGUGCUGAUGUAUAUGUAAUGUUAAAAAAAAAAGUUAUUUGUAAAUAUGUUUUUACAAUUCUACAGAUAUCACUGGGUCUACUAUCUGUAAAAUAUAUACAUAUAAAUAUAUAUAUAUAUACUGUUUGUUUAAAAUAGAGUAUUUUUAUUUCUUUCCUUAACUCAUCCUUACUGCAGUGGUAUUGCACUUCAGAUGACGUCUAAUUACUAAUUUGUACUGUAUCCCUGACAGCAACUUGCUCCAUUUUAUUCAGAUUUUUCUAGCUUUCUGGUUUUACUUUGUACAUUAAGCAUUGCUUAUUUCCUUUUAAGACCUGUACAGAGCUCUGAAAAUGUAGAGAAAGACAUGAUGUUAACACCACUUUUAAA